AUGGCCGGCAUCAGCUCCCACUUCCUCCUCUCGCCGGCGACGGUGCCGGCGCCGCCUCUGUCGCUCUACUCUCGCCCCCGCACCGCUGCCGUUGGUGGCGGCCUCCGCCGGCCGGGCGAUGGCUUCAGCGCUGUUACCUGCCGUGCUCUUCUUGGCACGAUACAUGAUUAUGCCCAAUUUGUGAAGGAAACUAAUGUGUGUGCUUUGACGACUGGUAAUGUUUCAGUGCGGCGCCGAAUCAGUUGCUGCUCGAAACCGGAUGAUGCAGAGGAAUGUGCAACAAGCAAGUCAGCCACCGGUGCCAAGGAUGAAGAAACUACCCCUUCUAGAAGAAAAUGUCUUGCUUGCCUAUGUGCUGUAACAUUGAUCAGUGCGUCGGGCCCAACACUUUAUACACCGAAUGGACUUGCCGCAGAUAUGCAAAAGCCAGUAUGCAGGAACUGUGGCGGUGGCGGCGCUAUAAUAUGUGAUAUGUGUGGCGGCACAGGGAAAUGGAAGGCUCUCAACAGAAAGAGAGCCAAAGAUAUUUAUGAGUUCACAGAAUGCCCGAAUUGCUAUGGGAGGGGGAAGCUGGUCUGCCCAAUUUGUCUUGGAACAGGCGUCCCGAACAACAAAGGGCUUCUCCGACGACCAGACGCAAAGAAGUUGCUUGAAAAGAUGUACAACGGCAAGCUUUUGCCCAACUCUUAGGAUCAGCAAGGAAAAUGAUAACCAGGUCUGUAUGAUCAGAUUAUGUAUUCCAGUUUUUUGCUGAGACUUCGGUUUUGACUAGAUGUCAGGCUGCAUCAGCAGUUCUUGAGAGAAUGGUUUUGAGUAAUGUAAGUGCUAAAAUACGUUCCAAGUAUAACCAGUUCUUCACAGUGUAUACAGAUAGAAUCGUUUGAAUAGAUGUAAAUUGUGAGUAUGUCAUACAACAUUUUUGUGCGAUCAAACCUUCUUUUGAGAAGCCUUUAAAUUAAAUAUGUUCUUGCUUGGAUUA